CAUAAUUGGAUUGAGGCGCCCACGCCCACCAUCGCUGUCCCGGGCAGUCCAGCUCUGUGGUCCGCUCCAGGAGGACCUCGACAGCUGAAGAAGGACUCCGGCCUUAUCUACAUCGCUCAAAACGCAGCUCGCCAUCCGGACAGUCCCCUCGAACCUCUAUUUCGCGCGUUGCACAUUACGAAUCCUUCGUUCGACCUCAGAUCAAUAGAUGUUGUGACCGACCGGAACAAUAUCCGCAAGCUUCUCUCGUUUGUGAACCCAGGCUUAAGCAGCAACGGACUUGAACCAUUCACCAUCGGCAUCGAGGUCAUCAAAAACACUGCAAUAUUCUGUCGAGAGGAAACAAAGACCCACGAGUUCAUUGGACUGCAUGAAUUUAAGGGUUUCGGCCACGAAUUCGAAAAGGCAUACACCAAAGGCCGGGUCACUGGCGAUACUGGACAUCACAGAAUUAUUGCGUACCGCUUCGGAGAUUUGAACUUCAUUGUCCGCCACGAAACCGACGGAUACGUGGCCACAACGUUGCAGGCUUCCAGUAGCAAAGGGCCAGAAUAUGACGGUCUCUCUGGCAUGCUCGCGUCUUUGUCUCUAUCCCCGAACACCGGCCUUUCAGUCGCUACCAGUGCCGGAUCUAAGUUGAGAAUUCGCAAAGAAGGCGAGGUGGUACCACUCCAUUCAACCCUUGAAGUCAAAACUCGGGUCUUCCAUAAGCGUCUUGAGAUCCGAGACGUCGCACCGCAGCUCCGGGUGUCUCAGACUCCCAAGCUCGUGCGCGCCUACCACCGUAACGGUACAUUUCAAGAGCCGGAGGUGGAAGAUGUUGCGGACGCCAUCAGGAAGUGGGAGCAAGACAACCACGGGGAUUUGAGGAAAUUGGCCGCACUGAUCAACAAGAUCCUCAGUGUAGCAAAGGAACUCGGUGGAAGUAUGGUCAUGAAAUAUGAUACGAUGGGAGACAAAUUGGUAGUUUCCAAGGUCGCUGGGAAGAAGAUGUUACCAGACGACCUGUAUUCCAAAUGGGACGAUGCGUCAGUUGAGACGGCAGCGAUACCUGGAGAGUCAUCAACAACUGCUGUCGAAGUCGCAGACAGUGAACCCCUUGCCGGCGCCAGCGCAGCCCCCGUCGCCGGAGCAUCGACUGGACUUUUCGGCUCCCCGGACCAGAGCACAGCGGAAUCAUCAAAGAAACGCGCCGACGUUCCCUUCUUCGAUGUCAUUACCUACAGCGUAGAGCACGGAUUCCGCCAUUUCUUUCGUCGCAUGCCAUGCCAACUGGCCGACUACCGUGUCUUUUGCAAUUCCCUCAACACCCUUGCUGUCGAUGUCGUCAAGCAGCAAAGGCUCCAAGACGUCGUGAGGGAACUGAAGACGGGAGACGACGAUUACGAUCCAUUAGAACGGAGGGCAAUUAAGGGCUCGAAAGCAGGCGCCCGAAAUGCGGCAUUCACAAUGCUCUAUCUAUUUCUCGUCGACGAGUCCCUAUCACCUGCUCGAGACGGUACUGUGGCGUACAAUGCGGUGCUCUACAUUGUAUCCCAUGGUCGAAAAUUCAAAUACAGGACUCGUAAGAUGGUUCGAGAGGCCUUCGAGGCGAGGUUUGUUGACACACAAACAGCGAAUGGGCUUGGACAAGUGGCCGAUCACCAGCUCACAACAGGACGGAGGGCAAGACACCGAGGGAACGACCGAAGAGGAGGCAGACGACUACUUGUGGGACUCUGACUGGUCUUGAGAAUACCAGGUCCAUGGUAAUUCAGAAGUUUCGGCUAUGAUGGCGAGUAUAUAAAUCACAGAAGCUCGUGAGAUCAGUUGCUGACAGACCUGCUCAGAAGUCUCAAACAGCCCUAUCAGAUCUGGCAAACCGCCGAGAUCCCCAUGCACAGCAAAAUUGCACCAAAGCCCGUCUGUUAUCUGUCUUUCGCGUUUCAAACUUCAUGGACGGCAGCCUUCGCGAGAACAGCGCCGCCCCGUUUUGCAAGGACGUCAACGAC